AUGCCCUGGCCCCCCUUCGGCCCUCUCAUCUGCGCUCUACUCGUCUCCUCCACUCUACCAAUCGAGAACGUCCGAGCUGUCAGCAUCCAGUUCCACGGCAUCAAGGGUGCUCUCUCCAACUCACCUCGACGACUAGUCACAAGAGCGCCGGGAGGACUCACCUUGAACAACACAGCUGAUCUUAGCUACUACGCCGAUAUCGUCCUAGGGAAUCAGACGUUCCAGGUCCUCAUUGACACAGGAAGCUCAGAUCUAUGGGUCGCUGGUGUUGUGGGUCAGAGCAAUGACACGGGGUUGAAUGCUUCUAUCAACUAUGCUGCAAACUCGGUCUCAGGCCCAAUUAAACAAGCGCCGCUGAGCUUCGCUGAUCAUUUGGUUCCUGAUCAGGCGUUUCUGGAAAUUCCGCCAGAUAAUAAAAACCCAGCGGGCGUAGGGAUCCUUGGCCUUGGACCGAGCUCCGGCUCGUUCAUUUCGAAGAAAGUCGGAACAUUGCCUGGCGCACCUGUUCUGGACCGUAUAUUUCACCAAAAUCGUACAACACCCAACUUCUUCACUGUGUUGCUGGGCAGAGACAAAGAUCCAACGGACGCCUUCUCUGGUAGCAUCACCGUGGGCGAACUUCUGCCUGAAUACCAGGGCAUCGUCAACGAGCCUCACCUCGCGAUCACCCAAGUACCCGACGAGAAAUCGGAUGAUCAGCACCUGCAAAUCCUACUGGAUCAAGACGGCAUCAUUGGCCCAGAUGGGAAGACGAUUUCUCUGGUUUCUGUUGUGGAGCAGACUAGGGACAAGCGGCAGGCCACGGUCGUUCUAGAUUGCGGGUUUACUUUGCCUCAGCUUCCUCGCUCGGCGGUCGAUGCGAUUUAUAGUCGAUUCCAUGGGGCAGAAUAUACGCAAAUCGCAGGGGUUGGAGGUGCUUGGGUACUUCCUUGUGUGCAGGAAGUCAAUGUGACCUUCAAGUUCGCGGGAAAGCUCUACCCUAUGCAUCCAUUAGAUAUGUCUAUGGAAUUCUCCACGAUUGGCCUGCAAGACUUGUUGACGUCAGACGGAGAAAGGGCUUGCAUCGGCACAUUCCAGCCUUUCACGUACGAUAGAGGUCUGAGCCCAAAUUACGACAUGGUCCUCGGGAUGGCGUUCAUGCGAAAUGUCUACUCGCUGUUCGACUAUGGUGACUUUAUUGAGGGCUCUACAGCGCUCGAAGAUCCAUAUAUCCAACUACUAUCUAUCACGAACAUGACUGAGGCCCAUCAGGACUUCGUGACUGUUCGUCUCGGCGGUAUCGACACCACUGGGACACGCGGCCUCAGAGAUUCCACCAGCAAGUCUGGGCCGGGAAGGACACUGUAUUAUAUCAUCGCUGCUGUUGCAGUCGUCGCUGUCUUGGUGGCCGUCGCGAUCUUCUUCAUCCUGCGAUACCGAAGACGGAGACGGUACUGA